GUAAAAUUGAAGGCAAAUAAGGCAACACAAUAAUGAGUGAGUUUGACUACGUUAGCGAUUCUGAAUGUGAAGACGUGGACGAAGAUCUCUACCGAAAGAGAUUAACGCUAGGAGAGAGUUCACCUUUCUGGGGUUCCAGUUUAAAUGCCAAGAUUGAUGAACCGUCUCCCUUGAUUGGACUGAUGGGCCUUCGCAGACUGAACGUUUCCGAUGAACCCUCUUCAUUACAAGUUAAACAGAUGACAUCACAUUUGUGCAGGAAUUCAGAUACUUCAGCUGACCGUGAUAAACUGAGCAAUCAUAUGGGCGAGGAUAUUGAUGGAGAGAGUAAAGCUUUGGAGUAUCCACAACCUCUGAUGACCAGAGCGGGAACGAAGAGGAUGAACACCACCGUUUACACUAGCUCCUCUGAUUCCAUACUAUCACAUUCACGCACCAGACGCUCUGUGAAUGUUGUACCACCAGAGCCUAAUGUCCUAGCCCGCAAAGAGAGCAGGAGAGGGUUGAUGACGACGAUUCAGAAGAACAACAAGGGAUUAAGAAACUUCACUCAAAGUGAGGAGUUCACUAAUGCACAGCGAGCCAACAAGGCUGAGACCAAUGACAGUGGCAAGGAGGUGCCAGCCCGGGUGACGCGUCAUACAGCUUCUAAAAGAGCGCCAAACGACCAAAAUGAAUCUGACGCCAGCCAGACCUCGAAGAAGCAAAAGACUGCCAGCAAACUGAUUGACAAGAGGAACCAAUAUGGGGAAACCCAGCUCCACAGGGCCGUGAAGAGGGGGAACGAGGAAGAGGUGGUGCGCCUCAUACAGCAGGGAGCCUCUAUCAACACCUGCGAUCACGCAGGCUGGACUCCUCUGCAUGAGUGUGUGCAGACAAGAAAUCCAGGCAUCUUGGAGCGCUUACUGAGAGGGGGAGCCAUGGUGAACAGUGCGGCCCACGAUGGGGACACGGCUCUCCACGAGGCUGUAUGGCUCGGAGACUAUGAGAUGACUGCUUUACUUUUGAAGUAUGGCGCUGAUCCUCUUCAAAAAGGUGCUAUGGGAAGACCAGCCUCAGACAUGGUCUCAAAUGUUGCCAUUGAACAACUAAUGGCCAGUUUUCUUCCCCAAAGUCGAAAAACAGGGCAUCUAGACAUGAAAGUCUCUCCACAAAAAGAUUUGAAGUCCCCUGUCCGCUGCCCUGCUGGGACCUCGUACGCCGAGAGGAAUGAGAGCACCGCAUUCCAAGGCCACAGAGCCGCCGAGGAGGCGGAGGAGGAAUCCUGCCAAACUGAGCAGACGGUGCGCUCGGCUUGUGGCGAACCUGCUGGAGUAAGGACAGGGGAAGAAGAAAUGUCUGUGCACAACAGCGGAAAGCAGCCGAACGACGCUUUGAACCUUCCUCCCAGCGAUAGCAUCCGCUCUGAUAAGGCCCAGGAAGUGCCACUGAGCUUUAUCGAAAGCCCUUCUGCCGACUCCUCGCCAGUCACAGAUGAAAAAACAGCGUCGCUCUUCUUCACAGAUGGAAAUGGAGGGAGAGACACAUCAGUUAGUGUGGAUGUGAGUGUGACGGCCCUUGGCCGCUCACCCGAGGGCUUGGUCGAGGUACCUCCAGCCAUCGAUAGUGAGCUUACUAAUAUCAGUGGGAUAGGGCCUCAUAGCUCAACGAUUGAGGGACUAAAAGAGGUCUGCAAGGAUGUGAGUUUGAACAUUGGCACCAAUGACUUGAACACUAGUGUAAGUCCUAUUGGUGAGGGACCCGAGGUUGUGAGUUCGGACACCAACAGCAGUUCUUUAAGCGCUAGUGUUGGUCUGUUGUUCCCCCGGAGCUCCACACCUCAGCAACAAGUCGAAGUGGCCAAGGAUGUGAGUUCAGACUUCGCCACCAGUUCGUUUAGCUCUUGUGUUAGUUUACUGUCCCCCAAUACUUCCACAGCUGAGGGCCGAAAACAAGUGGCCAAGGAUGUGAGUUCGGACAUCAACACCAGUGAAUUCAGCACUUGUGUUAGCCUACUGUCCACCUGUAGCCUCAUACAUGAGGGACAAGUACAUGUGGCCAAUGAUGUCAGUUCGGACAUGGGCAGCAGUGAGUUCAGCCAUAGUGUAAGUCUACUGUUACCCCAUAACCCCAUGGGAGGUGAGGGCCAACGGGAAGUGGGCAAGUACGUGAGCUCUGACAUUCGCCCCACCACUGAGACUGCUGCCUGUGAGAAUUCAGCAGAGAAGGACUUUCAAGUUGUGCCCACUCUAGAACAAGAGAAAGGGAACCCCGAGCGGAGCUUCAGCCAGACAGAAGAGGAGGGAACUUUAAUGGAGGCAGGAGUGGGAACGUGUUCUACUAUCAUAAAGAGAGAUGAACAGAACGCCAACCAUGAUGAGGAAGAUGGCUGCUCAGUUUCCACAUUCUGCGCCACCCUCGAGGGUUUUACCGGCGUUGCAAAACUGACCGAGACUGCUAGUGUGACAAGUCAUCUGAAAACCACCACUACUGGUGAAUUCUGUGUCAGCCGCAGUGCGGUGGAGGUGACAGAUGAGUGUCUGUUGGAUGACACACAGCAGGAGUGCAGCGUGUCCCUAUUGGCCGGGCACACGGACAUAAUCACAACCGUGAAAGCAAGUGCCCUCGGAGAGAGGGGAACACAUAAGCCAGUCACCAAGCAUAAUGAACCAGCAGUGGCCCCCGUCAACGAGUUACCUGUUGCCGUGCAGGAGUCGUCUAAUACCGGUGACAACCACUCGGCGUCUCUCCUCAGACAAGGAGGAGGAGGGGGCACUGGAAGGUUUUCCGAGGAGCACUCGUUGACAGCCUGGAAAGACGUCAGAUCUGAAGCAGCGAGCGGCGAGUCAUCAGAAAUGACACCUAGUGUUGAGAUAUCACACGCCACCGGCCCUCUGCCACACCUGGAUGAAGAAGUCUGCAUGGGAGACGAAACCUUGGCAAACACUCACGCCACUGCCAGCCUGACACACUGCCUUCCUGGGCCUGAGCUACAAAAAUCCACCGCACCUAUGGCCUCGAAUGAUCUUAGUGACCCGUGUGUAAUGAGGAGCAAUUUGACCUGCGAUGAACUGAUAGACCAGACAAAUGAAUGUAUUGCGGAACAAGCUUUUGCAGUAAAUGAGAGGAAUGAGGAAGACAAGAGGCCUGUUCUGCAGUCUGGCAGUGGGGAUGCCCCUUUUACGCUGGCUAGCGGCGGCAGUCCGUCGUUGUUGCACUCCUGUGAUGAAACCAUGCUUAGCAGGUUUGCAGCCACCAUGAACCCUGACAGCACAGACGUGACCACAACAGGCUUUGCUGUGAGCGGCACAUGCACGGUGGAACAAAGCACCGCUGACCACCGGGCAACAGACGUCGUCAGCGUCACCGAAAAUCUGUCAGGUGCCACAUUCGUGUCAUCGCCUUGUGCUCACGUCCCCAUGCAAGCUCAAACGGAAACCACAGCCCGUGAAUUUGACGAGUGCUCCGUUGACUCAGACUGCACCAUGAUAUCAGAGGAUGAGAGCAUGCAGCAGGCCCCCACUUGUCUCCCAGACGAGAGUGAAAAUGAGUCUGGUGUGAACUCCCUGCCCUGUGCGGGGUCUUGCAGCGCGAGUGAGGUGGGGGAUGAGAGUCAGUCGGCCUCGUGUGGCAGUGACGUGGCCGAUACCUUCCAUACCAACAUCCACUCCACCACCACCGGAGCCAGCCCUAACCCAACCCACUGUCCCACCGCUUGCUCUGCUAGUCAGGGCUUGCAGAAGCAGAAGGCCAAGCCAAAAAAACAAAAGAAUAGAUGGAGCAUGGCGGGCAAAUCGCAGAGCAACUGGAAACCAUGGCAGCCGGACAAAACAGUCAAACGCCCGACUGACUCCUCGACUGAUAAAGUCAACACAGAGAGUGCAAAGAUCCACUUGAAGACCAUCCAUAAGAGAAACGCCCAGGGAGAGACUCAGCUCCACCGAGCAGCCAAGAAAGGGGACCUGGCCCUGGUCAGAGCUCUCAUCGAGGCCGGGAUCGAUGUAAACCAGGCCGAUUACGCAGGGUGGACUGCACUGCAUGAGGCCUGUGCCUCAGGCUUCUCGGCGGUAGUGGAGGAGUUGCUGUGUGCCGGGGCCAACAUCAACUGCCGGGGCCCCCAGGGAAUCACGCCCUUACACGAUGCCAUGGUGUCAGGCUGGUACGAGGUCAUCGAGCUUCUACUCCUGAAUGGAGCCAACCCAAAUGACAGAAACGCCGAGGGGAACAACGCAUGGGACAUGGCGUGGCACGAAGAUGUCAAAGCACUGCUGUCGACCUGCAAGCCAAAGCCAACUGUGGCACCAGUGCUGAAGCCUCGCCAGCCUGCUCAAGAGGCCAUCAAGCAGAUGAAACCAAGCCUGUCUGUGUCCAAGAGCCCUGAGAAGCGGCCAGCGAUUGACCAAAGGGACUGGAAAGACCCCAGGGGCUGCGAGCCAGGCACAGCCAACACAAUGGGAAGUAAAGUUGGCCCCAGCAAGACUCCUAAUGCUCACUCGGACAUCAUGUCAGUGCUGGAGGACAUUGAAAGAAAGCAGAAGGAUCUGUCGGCCUGGGAGUUACAUAACUCACAACACAAAGAGAAAUACCGGGACGAAUUGUUUGAAAUGCAGAGCAGGCUGACUGAAGUGCUUACUAAGCAACAGGCAGCUAAAGAUGACCUCACAAAGAAGUACAGGUUGGCUCCUGACUCUUUUCAACAGGGCAAGCUGAGAGAAAGCCUCACAUCUUUGGCCUCCCGUCAGAAACUCCUGCUGGGCCUUCUGCAAAAGCAGAGCGAGCUCAAACUCAGAAUUCACACCCAAAAGAGCCAAGCACUGUCAGCAUCCAAACAUUCGAAAACUCCCGUCAGCAGUCACAAGAGGGCCGACGCCGUUGCUGUCGAGCGUGCCACAGCGUGGCCAGAAAGCCGCUCUGCCCCGUCUGCUGUUCACAGGCAAGCCACAAAGGAGCCUUCCACACACAAAGGUGUCACCAGUCACACGGCAUUGACAUUCACAGAACAAGGCAAAAUGGACACGUGCCAAACCACCAACGUUGUGGCCGCAACUGCUCUUUCAGGCUCAUGUACAGAGUCCACCACGACACCCGCUCAAGUGCUCACCCUGCCGUUGCCCACUGCUCUGCAACAGGGCCAGUCUGGCAUUAUUCUGGUCAGCCACGGUGGACAGAGCUUUGCCUUCAUUGAUCUCUCCAAACUGCGGGCACCUGAGAUCACCAACCAACCACCGCCUGCUCCCGGCCCUAAACCUUCCCCAUCUCCCAGCUCUGCUCCCGGCCCUAAUCCUUCCCCAUCUCCCAGCUCCCCGUGUGGCUCUCCAAUGAGUCUUCCUGACCUGGAGCCCCCCGUCAACCCACUAGCUGCAGCACUGGGCCAGACGGGCGCUUCAUCCCAUCAUCACCAUCACCAUGCAACUGCUGCGCCCAGAGCCAGAGCUGCUGUUGGUGUUGCUGCUCCUUCACAACUCAAACUGGUGACAUCAAAUGUUAAGAAGAGCCAUGUGAAGUCCACCAGCUCUAACCCAAAACAAGACGCUGGAGGUGUCAUGGGCAGGUUUUUGACCACUGUCAAGCCCAGUCAUGAUUCUGAAGACAUGAGCGCUGAAGUCCAGAUGGAUGUCGCCUCAGACACACAAACUCAUAAGGAGAACAACCAACUACCUGCUCUCAUGACACAAGAUUCCAGCCACCGGGCGUCUCUCCUGUAUGACGGCUCCAUCAGAGACGGCCUGGGCCAAGGAGCCAUCAGCCCUGAGCAGGGGCUUCAGCCCGCCCCGGCCAACACCGCUGCUGCUGCCGCGUCCUCAGCAUAUGCACGGGAAAAGAUAGCCUACAGGUCUAGGCCCGUCGGUGCUUAUCUCCAGAGUGCAGAUGACACAGGAACUGCCAGAAGUGCAACUUCAGCUGACCUCCCACAUACAGAAACAGAAACAAACGAUAUCAAGAGAAGCACAAAGACUGGUUUCAUGGAGCUGAAAUCUAUCCAACUUAUUGGCAACGAUGAGUUUGCGCCAACACACAUCAUUGAGCAUCUCUGGGAGAGUAUAACCCAGAGUGACGACUGGAGUGGAGGUUUUCAGGUAGCAUUAGUUUAGCUGUGCUUAUUGGUUAAUGUAUAGGCCUACUUCAUCCUCACCUUUGGACUUUACAUCAGCAUUCUGGGGUUGAUUUUACUUCCGAAAAGAAAGGUUCUCACAUCAAUAUUGACAUGAGUGCAACAUCCUGUGUGAUACACCGUGAUCUUUAAAAUAAACC